UACUGAGCUCAGUCAGUGGAAGGUGAAGCUUAACUCGGAGUGUGUAUCUGUGUGUGUGAGAGAGAGAGGAGUUUAGCUGUUUUUCCCUCGCUGUUCCGUCUCACCGCAGGACACUAACAUCUCUCCUCAUCUCUUCAUGUCAACUCACACUUUCUCCUCACAUGCAGCCUUCAUGAACUUUUAUCUUCCGUAGCUGAAGAGUUCCGUGUUUUCCCGAGGAACACCUUGGACAGAAAUCAGUGCCGUCACAGGUACAAAGGAGCAGAGGAUCCGGAAGAACUCGCACUUCGAGUUUGCAGUCUUCCCAACGUGGACCUCGUAUUUACCUGACCUCGACAUUUAACACACUGACACACACACACACACACACACACACACACGAGUUCAACAUGAUGGACUUAAAGAAAAAGAAGAUCUUUAUCCUCGUGGAUGUUCUGUGUGUGAUAAUCGCGGCGAUGCCGUUCAUCAUCAUGACCAUCAUGUUCACGCCGUACAUUCGAGGCGUGUACUGCGACGACGAGAGCAUCCGUUACCCGUACAAGACCGACACCAUCUCACACGGCAUGAUGGCUGCCGUCACCAUCACCUGCACCAUCAUCAUUAUUACCACAGGAGAAGCCUACCUGGUCUACAGCAAGCGCCUCUACUCCAACUCCGACUUCAACCAGUACGCCGCAGCGCUCUACAAAGUCGUGGGCACGUUCCUGUUCGGCGCUUGUGUGAGCCAGUCUCUUACAGAAAUGGCCAAAUUCACCAUCGGACGUCCGCGACCCAACUUCAUGGCCGUGUGCGCGCCGACCGUGUGCAAGGGCUACAUGCCUGUAAUUAACUGCACGGGAAACAUGAACAACGUCACCGAAUCCAGGUUGUCCUUCUACUCUGGCCACUCGUCCUUUGGGAUGUACUGCAUGCUGUUUUUGGCUUUAUACGUGCAGGCACGCAUGGCAUUCAAAUGGGCACGUCUUCUCCGACCAACAAUCCAGUUCUUUUUGGUCGCCUUCGCGAUUUACGUCGGAUACACGCGAGUGUCCGAUUACAAACACCACUGGAGCGACGUGCUCGUGGGUCUCCUGCAGGGGGCGCUCAUCGCCGUGCUUAACGUGCGCUAUGUCUCGGAUUUUUUCAAGGAACGGCUUCCGCGCCAACAGCACCCCAACAUGACGGACGGCGACGAAUUGGAGCGCAAACCGAGCCUGCAGCUAGUCGACCAAGAGAGGAAUCACAAUUGCAUUUCUGGGACUGUAUGAGAGACUUGCAGCCUUGAGGCCGAUGUGUACCGUUAUCACGCCAAACCCAGAAAGUGUAUAUAAGUAUAUAUAACCACUGGACAGGCUGCAGUGCUGCUCACUAAUUCCCCCACAUCUGCAUCCCAGAGGCAUCAGUGCAGCUACUGUAGCCACUAAAGCUGAGUGACACUGACUACAGACUCGCCUCCACACGUGGAUAAUCUCUCCUUUAUAUUCGUGUGUGUGUGUGUGUGUGUGUGUGUGUGUGUGUGUGUGUGUGUGUGUGUGAGUGGCAUCAUAUAGUAUCCCUAUAUUUUGUCCUUUCUGUCGAGGGUCUGCUAUAUUUAUACUUUAAACUAAUUACAUAAAUCAUGUUUUAGAACUUAAAGCACAUGAUCUUCAAAUCUUAAAAACGAUCAAAGUUGAUUUUUUAUUUUUGAAUUCCAACGCACGAGACUUAAAUGGAAACGACUUCAAAAGUCAAGCGCAAAGGUCGGGGGUCGGUCCGUCAAAUUUCAAGAAGCCGUGCCACUGAAAACGCCCGAGGUCGAGUUCAAAUCCCUCAUCCACUAUGUGGUGGUGACGAGACAGUCCAAGUUGCCAUUGUUUUUAAAUUUUUUAAAAUUAGUUUUAAUGAAAAUAUAUCCUGUGGUGGUUGAUUUUUAUAGUUAUGACCCUCCUGGUGAAUGGCAGUAGUGUUUUUCCUUGUAUAAAAAAAAAAAAGAAGAAAACACAAGGUGGACUGCAUAAUGUGACUAAUUUUUACAUUUUUAAAAAAAAAAAAAAAAGACUUUAUAUAUAUAUAUAUAUAUAUAUAUAUAUAUAUAUAUAUAUAUAUAUAUAUAUAUAUAUAAAUGAUAUUAUCUAACAUCACCAAAUACCACUAGCUAACUAUUGCAUAUUUGCAAACUUAUUACUUUUUCCUACUGCUUUUUUUAUGUGAAUUUAGGGACAAGAGGAGUUUUAUAUAAUCACAAAAAGUGUAAAAAAUAAGAUUAAAUAAAUGUACGCUUAAGGACGUGACAUUUUUUUUCCCUCACUGCUCUCAGAACAGACUGGCCUUCAGUACUCUAGUGGUCUUUGUCUGGAUUAGUAAGGACCUGUGAUGCUGCAUUCAAAAAAUAGUUAUUUCUAGUAUGACUGCUUUGGGAGUGGACCUCAUGACGGGUCUCACGUGUAUCUGGCGCACGUUCCCGCUGCAGCAAAAAGCUUCAGCUCUUGGAAAAACUGCCCGAGGCACAUGGUUAGGAUUUGUUAAUGGUCACAGCAUAUGAUUUAUUCUUUCCUCCCUCAGUGUAUGCACAUAAUACGUGCUCUUUUCAAUCUAGACGUGAGACUCGUACCUUUCCAGUCCUUUUCUCGGAAUGUGGAUCUCCAUCAUUUUUAUAAAGAGCCACACGUCAGGACUUACAGCACAUAAUGAUAAGAUCGGAGCAAAAUCUAAUCAGGACGCGACUUGUUAAAAGCCAAAGCUCUCGAAGAGUCGAAACGAAUUAGGGUUUAUGUGUAAGCAUAUACGGUGUAUUAUUUUGCACUCUUACACGACAAAUAAUGAAAUCACCUUCAGAUUGGUUUUUUAAAUGCAAUAUUCUCACAUCGCAAAUGUUGGAUCUAUCCCGCCAACAGAAAUAUCUACAGGCUCCGUGUGAAUUUGUGUCACGUUCACAGAUUCGGAUUAAUCCCGUUAUUUACGCUACGACGCGCUGCUCUGAGCUGUGCAUUUCUGCAAUGUUGCUUAGCUUGCGAGAUUUUUUUACCGAGCAUGAGGUGAUUUUUUUAUUUAUUUUUUUCCCCAGUUUUUCUCCCAACAAACAGAGCCUCUCUGUGUUCGUCUGGUGUAGCUGCUGAAAGCCAAAGGCCUUAAAAUAGAGCAGGCCCCAAUGCGGGGUAGAGCUCCCCUACUGCAAUGCAUCUUUUAUUUUAUUCGUGUACUAAAUUAAAUUCCGAAAAGUCGUGCCUUUUUCAGUCAGCUUCAGUUUGCAGCAGUGUAUAAAAUCCCAGCGAAUAGUUUUGUAUAAUCUACGUUUUGUUUGUUUUAAUGCCUGCACAAACCCUGUAGUUCUCGGUUAAUAUGUACGCUAAUUUUUGAGCUCUGAGCCCUUGUUUUUCAUGUAAGAAUACCUCCAAACCCAAGAGCAACAGCCUGACCAUUUCAGGUUGACAAUAAAAUCCAACUGAAUAAAGAUUUGUGAAAUAGCUCCGUUAGUGUGACGCUCAGAUCAGUAAUGCUGUAUCAAUAAAGCUGGAGAAAUAAUGAUUGAACUUGAUGACAUGAAUACACAUAUUUCUAAUGUACCUAUCUGUAACUAAUCUAUCUGUAUCUCUUGUCUGUCUGAUCCCAAAACUGCAUUUCUAACAUUUAUAGUCAUGGCACAGUGUGAGUGAUUCCCUGGAUUCAUUUUUUGGGUGAAUUCAGUUCAUUAAUUUCUAAUUUGGCCUCUGAAUUCAUGUGUAUGCGGAUGCUUGAAGCCAGCAUCUGCAGCAGGUGAGUUUUAAUGUUGUUCUGUCCUAUACUGUGGCCUGCACUCUGACUUUCCCAAAGCUUUUGAUUGUAUGGCUUAAAAUUAUUGCACACGUUUUUCUAUAUGUAUUUUUUUUUUAAGUGUUUAUGUCUUUAACUACUGUAGAUUAAUAAAAAACAAAAUUUUACCCAUUAA